UUGCACAAUAACAAGAAAUGGGAGACAUGGGAGAUCCACCCAAAAAAAAACGCCUUAUUUCACUGUGUGUUGGUUGUGGGAAUCAGAUUCAUGAUCAGUAUAUUCUUCGCGUUUCUCCGGAUCUGGAAUGGCAUGCCGCUUGUCUAAAAUGUGCAGAGUGUAAUCAGUAUUUGGACGAAACCUGUACCUGCUUCGUUAGGGAUGGCAAAACAUACUGCAAGAGAGACUAUAUUCGAUUAUACGGAACUAAAUGUGCAAAGUGUAAUAUAGGAUUCAGUAAGAAUGACUUUGUGAUGAGAGCGCGCAGUAAGGUGUAUCACAUCGACUGCUUCCGCUGUGUGGCGUGCAGUCGCCAGCUCAUUCCCGGUGAUGAAUUCGCGUUGCGGGAAGACGGACUCUUCUGCCGGGCUGACCACGACGUUGUCGAGCGAGCGUCGGUUGGCCCAGAUCCACUCAGCCCCAUGCACGGCAACAGACCCUUACAGAUGGCGGCAGAGCCCAUUUCUGUCCGACAACCAGCUUUGAGGCCACACGUUCAUAAACAGCCUGAGAAGACGACGCGGGUUCGGACAGUUCUGAACGAGAAGCAGCUCCACACGUUACGGACUUGUUAUGCAGCCAACCCCCGACCCGAUGCGCUCAUGAAGGAGCAGCUCGUUGAAAUGACAGGCUUGAGCCCCCGUGUCAUUAGAGUCUGGUUUCAAAACAAGCGCUGUAAAGACAAAAAAAGGAGUCAGCUCAUGAAGCAACUGCAGCAACAGCAACCCAACGACAAAACAAAUAUCCAGGGGAUGACAGGAACCCCAAUGGUAGCUGCCAGCCCAGAGAGACAUGAUAGCAGUUUGCAAGCCAAUCCAGUGGAGGUGCAGAGUUACCAACCGCCUUGGAAAGUUUUGAGUGACUUCGCUUUGCAGAGUGAUAUAGAACAGCCUGCAUUUCAGCAACUGGUUAAUUUUUCAGAGGGAGGGCCAGGUUCUAACUCCACUGGAAGUGAAGUAGCGUCCAUGUCCUCCCAACUCCCUGACACACCAAACAGCAUGGUAGCGAGUCCUAUAGAGGCAUGA